AAUUUUACAACCGGAAAAAAUGAAAGCCACAGAGGAUAAAACUAAUGCGGAUGCAAAAAAAAGCGACAGCCGAUAAGAGAUUAUGUUUGUCUUUGAGAAAACCAAAUCCCAGCAAAGUGAAACAGUCGCUGUUAAAUUUUAGUACAUCUAAAGAUGGAAGUUUUCGGGAGUCCGAUGUAGGAGAAGAUAUAAUCGAUGCUAGCCCAGUAGUAGUAAAUAAAAACUCAAAAGCUGGACGCUCCUGGGCUCACAGAAGCGGCCACAAUCACAGCAACAACAACAACACAACAAUAAACCCAAUAGCAAACGUAACAACAAACAAAAAAGAUGAUAAGCACGAUACCGAUAAAUCCCUAGAUGAUAUAGUCUUUGACCUUUCACCUUCGAAAAAGCCUGAUUCAACUUUGGAACUUAAUUCCUCUAAAGACUUACAACCUAAACAAUUGAAAUUUGAUAAUGAAAUCUCUACAGAUUGUACUGCCUUACCUAACGAUCCAAUGAGCAUUUCAACCAUUAAAAGUGAUACAUCAAGUGUGGUGAUACUAACGCCUGGUACACAGGAUAUAAUAUUUGUAGAUGAUUGUAGUGAUGUUGAGCAUGAAAUUGAUACUAUGGACUUAUUGGCUAGCACAGAUAAUUUGGAGAAACUAAAGAAAUAUGAAAGUAAAUACAUACAAAAACAACAAACUAAGGACAUGGAAGGAUUUAAAAAGCCACAGGAUAAACUUCAAUGUAAUAAGGAAAUAAAACCUUUAAAUAAAAUUAAACAAGAAAAAAUAACACAAGAAUUAAAGACUGCCACAGAUAUAAAAAAAGAAGAGAAACCAAGUUGUAGUACAAGUAUAAAACCACAAAAUCCUUUAUUAGCUGAAUUAGAUACAGACGAUGAAGAAGACUUUAUGCCUAAACCUUUUAUAAUAAAACAAGAAAAGGAUGUUGCGCCAACAACAAAGAAAUUAACCAUAAAACAACGCUUCAACAUAGACUGUGAAGAAUGCGAAAAAUUAAUCAACUUUUUAGAUAAAGGUUUAACCGAUCUACAAAUUCAACAGCAUUUAGAAAAGUCCCAUCAACGUCACUAUAACGAUAUUAUGCGUCAAAAUACCCCCAAAGAUUUUUGGAAUCCUUUCAUAUUAUCCUUUCAGGCUGAUGAUCCUAGGAAUGAGGUGUUAAUCGAUAAUCGUUUCAAGGAUAAGAAGUAAACAAACAACCAACAACCUGCCCACCAACAUUCAUUGAAAAAGAAUAAUUUGAGUCGUGUGUCAGCAGCAAAAGAA